CGCUAUUGACGGCUUGCCUCAUAGAUCUGGGGCUGGUCACCAGUCUAGAUUGACAGCCAGUAUAACAAUCUUAUAGAUACCACAUCGUUAGGAGCCUCUCAAAUCGCUCAUGCUCAUUGACUUCCAAAUUUUGAGCUGAGCUUCAUUCAAGAAGAUAUAUAAUAUCUCUCUGUGCUUGCUUUCUCUUCAGUUGUUCAACUGGCACUUCCAAGAACACAUCUCUUCAAUAUUCAACAUGUCUAUCUCUGCUGGUUACCACAAGAUCAAGACUUCCUCCGGGAAGUACCUGACGUUGCUCAGCCAAAACGGCACCGUCACUGCUGCGACCGCUACUGGGGCUACAAACCAGACCUGGAACUUCCAACCCUCCGGGAACAACUGGACUAUUACUAACACCGGCUACAACUUGACUACCUAUGCGUACUCUAAUGGACAAUCCGCUGCGUCGGUCAGUGGUAACACUUUGUCCACGGAGUGGGCCCUCGUACCGAACAGUGGUGUCUACUCAAUCCAGCUAGGAAGUAACUCUUCUAAUGCGUGGGCCGUCGGUUCCAAUGACCAGGUGACACUGACUGGCACACAGCUCCAGAGUGUUGCGCAGCAGUUCAAUGUUGAGUGAGUUACUCGCGGAAGUGAAGCCUCUAGUACGAUGCAAAGAUUAUGACUGCCUGCUGUUUUGUGAAAUGUACGUUAGUUUGUAUGAGAGCUGCCGUGAUAAAUAUCGUUGCUGGGA